UUAUAUCUCUAGUAGCUAGUUUACACCAACUAUGGCUGGUCAAUCCGUCUCUGUUUGGGUCGUUAUUGUUGCUGCAGUAGCUAUUGUGAUGAUCCCUACGUGUACUACAGCACAACUUGAUACCGAUGUAUAUAUGAAAGCAUGUCCUCAGGCAUUGCCGAUUAUCAGAUCAGUUGUCAAAUUAGCGAUUAAUCGCGAGGCACGCAUUGGAGCAUCGCUACUACGACUUCACUUCCAUGACUGCUUUGUGAAUGGGUGUGAUGGAUCAGUGUUGCUGGAUGACACUGCUAACUUCACUGGGGAGAAGACGGCACUUCCAAAUCUGAACUCCAUUAGAGGUUUUGGCGUAGUCGAUGAUAUUAAAGCAAACCUCAAUAGCGUUUGCCGUGGAAAUGUGGUCUCAUGUGCAGACAUCUUAGCUGUUGCAGCUCGUGACUCCGUUGAGAUUUUGGGAGGCCCGUCCUAUUCCUAUGAAGUAUUAUUGGGUAGAAGAGAUGCAACAACUACAAGCAUAAAUGAUGCCAACAGAAACCUUCCUCCUCCGUUUUUCAACUUCCCUCAACUGCUUUCCAACUUUCAAUCCCAUGGUUUAGACCUACAAGACCUAGUCCUUCUCUCUGCGGGCCAUACCAUCGGACUAGCUAAGUGCACCACCUUCCGGGCAAGGAUUUACAACGAAACCAACAUAGACCCUGACUUUGCAGCCUCCCUAAAACAGGGUUGUCCGGUAAACGAUGGGGACAACAACAUGGCACCUCUGGACUCAACUACAGCGAAAUUCGACACUGUUUACUUCAAGGCUUUGCUAGAGAAAAAGGGUCUACUUCACUCUGACCAGGAGCUCUUUAAAGGCGAUGGUAGUGACAGUGAUAACCUGGUGCAGCAUUACGCUAACAACCCGAACGACUUUGCAGUUGAUUUUGGAGCUUCCAUGAUCAAGAUGGGUAACAUGAAGCCUCUCACUGGAUCUGAUGGUGAGAUUAGACUCAACUGCAGGAAAAUCAACUAGCUAUACUAGAUAUACAAAUCCUAUAAUUAGCUAAGAUAUACCCUGGAAACUGAAGCCGACUCUUGUGUAUUAAAUCUAUAUGAUCCCUUGGGUAUCUAAAAGUAUGAGUUAAUUUACAAGUGUAAUGAAUAAAACAUAUAAAUUGCAUGUAUUUAAUCAAAGCGACGGAGAGUUGAUGACACUCCUGAUAUUAUUCAGGAUGUCCUUAUAGAGAAUGGUUGUAUUUCACACGAGGUUUAGGCUCCAUGUCCCCCUCAUUGUACUAUCUAAAUAUUAAUAAUAAUAUAGGGUGGAG